CGGAAAAAACAAGGAAAACCAAAAUCUUUAGGGCACAAUAUCCUCGGAAGCGCUUCAGGAACAGCAAAAAUCGAGGAAUUCCCCGGCUAAAUCAGUCAAUCCCUCUCACUGGUUAGCAUAAAGUUUGAGAAUUGGAGUAUUUUGGGUCUUGGAUUGGGAAGGGACUGGUUCUCUCAAAUCUUGGAUCUUCUUGAGAGUUCUGGAUGAGAUUUUAAUUAAGGCAAAAGUUGGUGAAGAUGGGGUCAGACCAAAGUUUUGGUCGGUUAGAUACUUUAGAGAUAAAAGCCCUCAUCUUUCGGAAAAUCGGGCAUCAAAGAGCAGAGAAGUACUUUGAUCAGCUCAGUAGAUUUCUUACCUUGAGGGUCAGCAAGUCUGAAUUCGAUAGGUUCUGUUUUAAGACGAUCGGUAGGGAGAACAUCCCUCUUCACAACCGUCUAAUUCGUUCCAUCAUCAAGAAUGCAAGUGUUUCCAAAUCUCCUCCCCUGGGAAAUCUGAAGCGAGCAGAGAACAAUGUAAGAUCCGGGAUUUGGAAUCAGAGGAAUGUUCGAUCCCUUUAUGGGGAUUGUCCCUUCCCUCCUUCCCCUCGCAAGUGCAGGUCAAGGAAGUUUAGAGACAGACCGAGUCCACUUGGCCCACUCGGUAAACCUCAAAGUAUUACUACAACAAAUGACGAGUCAAUGUCAAAGGGACAAAGUGCUACCGAUUUACUUUCUCCAGGUAGUAGACCUCCCAUGGAAGUCGGCUCUGUGGAGGAAGGAGAAGAGGUUGAACAAAUGACGGGGAGUCCGAGUGUUCAGAGCAGAAGUCCCAUUACUGCUCCUCUCGGCGUGUCUAUCAAUCUUAGAAGCGGAGCAAGAAAGUCUCUUUCCAAUGCAUCCAUACAUAGCGGUAGUAUCAACCAUGAGACAUGUCAUAGCAGUGGGGAGCUACCCGACACAAGAACAUUGAGGAGUCGGUUGGAGAGGAAGUUGGAGAUGGAAGGGCUAAGGAUAUCAAUGGACAGUGCUAAUCUUCUGAAUAAUGGAUUGGAUGCGUUUUUGAGAAGACUGAUUGCUCCAUGUUUGAAUUUUGCUCGUUCUCAAAGUGGAAAUGAACCGUCGAGAGAUAUGAACAGCCAGUUCAUUGGGAGUGGCCGCAACAAGCAGCAGCAACCAACAAGAAGGUUAUCUUACCUAUCAAUGCUGGAUUUUCGGUCUGCCAUGGAGUUGAAUCCUCAGGUUCUUGGAGAGGAAUGGCCUAUACAUCUCGAGAAGAUCUGUUCCCGAGCUUCUGAAUCUGAAGAGUAUAGAUCUUGCACAUGGUUUCAACCAAAACAUGGCACAUGAAACCAUUUACCCAUUUGAGCCAUGAAUUUGAUUAUUUGAACCGAAAUUCUUUCCUGGAAUUUGGGUAUGAAGAGUCUUCUGGUUUGUCUCUGAGGAAGUGUAAAUGCCAUUGUUGAGUUCUUGAGGUAGUGAAGCUUCAAAGGGUGUGUGAGUUCUGGUCAUAGCGUAGGUAUUAAGAAGGUACAAGUAGACAUUUAACCAUUUGUUUAAUUACUUCCCUUCUCGAUUUAUUUUUCAUUCCUUUUUUUUUCUCUAAUGUGACAAAUUUUGAGUGGAAAAACAAAGAGCAAAUUCUGUCCAUUUCACACAUUUCUCAUAA